AUGUUGAGGAUCAAGAAAUCGUGCUCUGCUGGUUCUUCAACACUGCAGCAGCUGGUAGCAGGAGCUGGAAUUUUAGCAAUGAGAACAUACUCAACUGCGACUAAACAGAUAACAAUUAGGGAAGCUCUCAAUUCGGCCAUUGAUGAGGAAAUGGCUGCUGAUCCCAGGGUCUUUUUGAUGGGUGAAGAGGUGGGCGAGUAUCAAGGUGCAUACAAGGUUUCAAAAGGACUCUUGCAGAAGUAUGGUCCUAAACGGGUUGUUGAUACCCCAAUUACUGAGGCUGGUUUUACUGGUAUUGGUGUUGGUGCCGCAUAUCAUGGGCUCAAGCCUAUUGUGGAGUUUAUGACAUUCAAUUUUGCAAUGCAGGCGAUGGAUCAUAUCAUUAACUCUGCUGCUAAAACAUGUUACAUGUCAGCUGGAAAUAUAAAUGUUCCUAUUGUUUUCAGAGGACCAAAUGGUGCUGCUGCUGGUGUAGGUGCGCAGCAUUCGCAGUGUUAUGCAGCUUGGUAUGGCUCCGUGCCUGGAUUGAAAGUCCUUGCUCCAUAUAACUCAGAAGAUGCUCGUGGACUCCUGAAGGCCGCAAUCCGGGAUGAUGAUCCUGUUGUUUUUCUCGAAAAUGAGUUACUAUAUGGCGAAGCUUUUCCUGUUUCAGAUGAAGUUCUGGACUCGAGUUUUAGCCUUCCCAUUGGAAAAGCUAAGAUUGAGAAAGAAGGAAAAGACGUCACCAUAACAGCAUUCUCUAAAAUGGUGGGCUAUGCUCUCAAGGCAGCGGAGAUCCUCAAAAAGGAUGAAAUAGAUGCAGAGGUGAUAAAUCUGCGCUCUAUACGUCCUCUAGACCGCUCCACAAUCGUAGAUUCUGUUGUUAAAACAAACAGGCUUGUUACCGUUGAGGAAGGUUUCCCUCAACAUGGUGUGGGUGCUGAAAUCUGCGCGGUGGUGACUGAGGAAAUCUUCAAUUACCUUGAUGCUCCUGUUGAGAGGAUCUGUGGAGCAGAUGUUCCUAUGCCAUAUGCAGCUAACCUUGAGAGGCUUGCUCUUCCACAGAUUGAGGAUGUGGUUCGUGCAGCUAAAAGAGCGUGCUACAGAUCUGUUUAG